ACAAGAUGUCCACUACUUGAUCCCAACGCUCAGUAUAAAACGUAAAAAUAAAGACAUUCCCCAAGUUUCGCUCCAAAAGACUAGAUGUUAAUAUAGAAAAUUUAGCCAAAUCAACCGGUGAUUCACGUGUUUUUUUAACAAAUUUGCAGAGUUUAAUGGUCUAAAUAUUUAAAAAAGUUGUGUAGCAUUCACGCCGUAACUAAGGAGGUCGCGAUGGUUUAUCGUAUAGCAGUACAAAAGAAUUUUUUCACAAUGUUAGACAAUACGAUGUCUGCGAUGGCGAGACUGCUAUGUUUAUUCCUGGUGUUGUGCUCGGUGGAGGGUCUUCAGUUAGAUGGAGCGUCCACGAGGAGGCCCAGGGUCACGAAGUAUAGCAAAACGACGGCAGCGCCAGGCGUUUCUACGGAACCAGCAACAGAGAGAAGCCUGAUGACGGCCACGUACCGGCUCCAGGUGUCGGGGGAGACCUGCAUUCUGCUCACAGUGGAUGCUUUACUGGACAUCUCUUACGUCACCAAAUUGAAUGAGCGGGCUGACGCAAACACCUUUGUUCCCAAUAAUGCAGUCGUCAGCGGAGUCUGCAAGGAGGGAGACGCCGAGACUUUGGUGAUUACCUUCAAGGACUUUGCCCUGGAGUGGUCAUUUGCAAAGACACCAGGCGGCGAGCGUUGGUACGUCGACAAUAUGAAGUUGAGCUACAACUCUAGCGCAAGGAUAUUAGAACACGCGGCAAAGCAGGGUCGUAGAGUCACCCUCAGUACUGAUGCAAGAUCGUUACUGUUCCCCACUCCUGUCGGGAAGUCCUUCCAUUGUCCCGAAGAGACUAUAGUGGAGUUGGCUGAACAAGAUGCUACCCCCGCGACCGGCCACCGAGCGAAACUGUACCUCCGUCAGAUGCGUCUGCAAGCGUUCAUGUACAAACGUGACGGCGAGUUCGGGCCGCCGUGGCACUGCAGUGACUCGGCGCGCGCCCGCUCCGAGGCGGCGCCGGUGGCCGUGGGGGCAGCACUGGCGAUCGCAACCGCGGGAACAUUGAUUUGUUUUAAGAUUUUGUUUGAAGCACAACUUUUUUUUGUCUUACAAGGAUGGGUAACUUGAAAUGCUAAUGAAAACAAGAAUACGAAUAUUCGCCAAGAAAUCGGUAAGUAUAUAAUUAUUAUGAAUUUUUACAGUUUACACAAAGUUAACCGGAGUCAUAGGAAUUAAAUAAAAGUAAAAUUAUUUAAAAGUUUUUCCUUUACUCAUAAAAAAAUAUGUUAAUAAAAUUACAAGGGCUGGAAAAGCCUCUGUGCAAUAUAUUUUAAUUUUACGUGCAUAUAAAGGCUACGGAAUCUAACUAAAAGGUAGAAACGAACUUGUUUGUGGACUUUAAAUUUUCAAGAAAAUCAUUUUUUUUUAUUUUAUUUACUUAUGUAUUUGAAGUUAUUCGAUUUAAGAAUUCAGAACGCGUUAGAUAAGCUAGUGAGUUUAAAAAUAAAAUUGCCAACAGUUUCAUAGAAUGGUAGACCAAGUUGUUGUUGAUGAAGUGAGAUUAUAUCAGUGAAAAUGAAAAAUUUGUGUACAUUGUUCAUUGAUUUGUGUCAGCAGUUUUGAUUUAUGCUUUUUUUCUGGAAGAACUCCGAUAGCAAAAGACAAGGAAUCUUAAUUUCUAUUUAUAAAUAAAGUGUAGAAUAAAUAUUUGUAUUGCGAAAUAAACAUUUUGGUUCGUAAUAAUUAAAAAAAAUAUAUAUUAUUCAAUGUUAAAAAAAUGGGUUGUUCGGUGAAAACCCAAAUUUUUCAUUUCAAUUUUCAACGGACUUCUAAAAGUUUUUGUAACCUUUAUUUAAGUGUUUGAACAGAACAUUUCAAGCCUGUUAUAAAAGAAAUGAAAUUGAGUACAUAACUUUUUGACUUUCAUUAUUUUAUGUUACCGAAUUAAGCUGAUUUGCACAAAUCAAUGAACCUUAUAAAAAACGGUUUUACAUAUUGAAAGUGUUGGGACAAUAU